AAAAAUUGUAUGCUUCCUUUUAGGGGACAUUUUAGUCAGCUGCACAAGCAUGAAAGCAUGGAGUCGUGCAGCAAACGUUAACUGGGCUUUUUGACCAAACGGUAUUUUCAUCAACGUUUUGAUGUCGAAAGAGGAGAACACCAAAACAAUGGAGCCACAGACGAAACGCUGGAAGGGGUCGGUGUGUGACACCGACUCCUGGGUCGCUUAUCCUGUACUGUCAGAUGAGCAGUCACAAGACGUCGAGCUGAUAGAGGCGUUUGCUGCACCCAUUGUCAACAAGAAAGAGACAUCUCGACUUGUCCGGGAGCUGCACAGCCUCUACCCGUUGAACGGCCUUCAGCACAUCAAGAGGGUGCGGGCGGUCAAGGAGAAGGCCAGCCCUCACCCUCUGGAAGUCCUCGUGUGCCUCGUCAGUGACGCACCAGACACGAGGGCGGUCAGCAUCGACUCUCUGCUCCCCUCAGAUGGAGUUAGACGUGACGGAUUAGGUGAGCCUUUUGUGGUUAAGGUCCCUGCGCGUCCCCCCUUGACCCGACCCCAGUUUGAGCUGGCGAGCAAACACUGGCCCACCUCCUUCCAUGAGGACAAACAGGUGACCGUCGCCCUGAGAGGAGAACUCUUCAGUCCGCCUCAGAAGGCCAGGAUGCACAUGUACAUGGCGUCUGCUUUGACUGCUGCCAAAGCAGGGAAUGAGUUGGGAAUGGAGGCGGCGGGGGCCGUGGUGGUCGACCCAGCAAUGGAGAGAAUCAUUGCAGUGGGCCAUGACUGCAGAGGAGACCACCCUCUUCAUCACGCAGUCAUGGUCUGCAUUGACCUUGUGGCUCGGAGCCAGGGCGGUGGAUGUUAUUCUUUUGACAGAUACCCUGCUUGCCGAUUUACUUCACCAACCUCAGAUACCUUUCAAAAGGUUCCUGAUGCAGACGCGAGCUCUCAGCCGUACAUAUGCACUGGGUACGACCUUUAUGUGACCCGAGAACCUUGUGUUAUGUGUGCCAUGGCCCUGGUACACUCCCGGAUAGGUCGUGUCUUCUAUGGGACUGCCUCUGCUGGCGGGGCCUUAGGGACUAAAUAUAAAAUCCAUUCGCAGAAAGAUUUGAACCAUCACUUUGAGGUUUACAAAGGAGUCUUAGGCAAUCAGUGUGAGGAUCUCAACGGUUCGGACGACCACAUCAAAAGGGAAAGUUUAGAGGAAAGUAGAUAAUUAAAUUGAUCGAUUUCAUCAGUGGGUCUGGAGCUGGAAAUUUCUGAGUUCUAGUUAUCAAAAAACAAUGUUUUACACGAGCAUUUAUUUUAAAUAAAGUUUUUAAUCAUGUCCUGA